AUGUAUAUAAACAAUGAAUUUGCACUCUAGGUUUACCUUUUCAGUAAAAAUGUUGAAGCCAAGAGUACUCACAGAGGUAUUAGCCCAGGUUACAAUGGAUGGAGUUGAAAGCAGCUUUCUUUUUAAGGUUGAUGGUACUCUUAUAGCACACUACUGUCUUAAUUCAAGUCCAACAGAUCCUAGAGUUGGUUCAGCCAUAGCCAGCAAUAUUUGGUCUAUUUAUCACAAGAAUGGGCGGGGUAGCUUGGACGAGGAUAAGUUACAGAUGGUUCUAAUGGAGAAUCAGGGAGGGAGGAUAGUCAUUAAACAUGUUAAUAACCUAGUUAUUUGUCUCUGCUCUAAUACAAGUGUUGAAUUGGGUAUGCUGACCAAAAAGUGUGAUGCACUAGUUGAGUACCUGCAGGAACCACUCUCUAAAGUUACUCUCUAACUCUUCAUCCCUUAUCCAGUUCUCGUUCAAUCCCCUACUUCGUUACACUUGUGUCAUUGUUCAAUACUGGAAGACAAUUUAUCGUUACAGAGAUAAGUGCUGAAAUGGUUCCGAUGUGAAUCAUAUAUAUUUAUUAUUUAUACUUAAUUGUCAUUUAAAAUUAAGUUGAGUUAAUUCUAGAUUCAUAAUAAGAAAGAGAACACCAACUUUUUGCAUUUUUUAA